GGGCCUCUGCUCGUUUAUAAGACGGUGCACGUCCGACGAACGAUCGCAGUCGCAAACAGAAGAUUACUAUUAGUGUUCCAACGUUUGCUGAACUCGUCUUGCGAAAAUCCACUGCAUAUUCACUCGCCAACAUGAACCGUCUGUCGAUCGUAUUGGUUAUCGCAUUGGUCGGAUACUCACUGGGUGCACCGGGAUAUGGUGGUGGAAGCCAUGAGCAUGGUGGACACCAAGAAUAUGAAGAACAUGGUGAGCUUAGAGAAGAACAUGAUGGGAACAAAAAAGAACAUGGUGAACACAAAGGUGAAUUUGAUGAACACAAAGAAGAACAUAAAGGGCACAAAUAUGGUGGACCCAAAGAAGAACAUGAUGUACAAACAUAUGGUGGACACAAAGAUAAAUAUGAUGGACAAAAAGAAUAUGGUGGACUCAAAGAAGAACAUGACGUACACAAAAAUGGUGAACACGACUUUGGUGGGCACAAAGAAGAACACGGUGGACACAAAGAUAAAUAUGAUGGACCUAAAGAAGAACAUGGUGAGCAUAAGGAAGAAUAUGGUGGACACAAAGAAGAACAUGAUGUACACAAAAAUGGUGAACACGACUUAAGUGGGCACAAAGAAGAACACGGUGGACACAAAGAUAAAUAUGAUGGACAUAAAGAAGAACAUGGUGAGCAUAAGGAAGAAUAUGGUGGACACAAAGAAGAACAUGAAGGACAUAAAUAUGGUGGACAUGACUUUGGUGGACACAAAGAAGAACACGGUGGGCAUAAGGAAGAAUAUAGUGGACAUAAGGAAGAACAUGAAGGACACAAAUAUGGAGGACACGACUUUGGUGGACACAAAGAAGAACAUGGUGGACACAAAGAACACAAACACCAUGGUGGACACAAAGAAAAUGAACAUCAUGGUGGACAUAAAGAACAUGAAGAACAUAAAUAUGGUGGUCAUGACAUUGGUGGACACAAAGAAGAACAUGAAGGACACAAAUAUGGGGGACCCGAAUUUAGCGGACACAAAGAAGAACAUGAAGGACAUAAAUAUGGUGGUCAUGACAUUGGUGGACACAAAGAAGAACAUGAAGGACAUAAAUAUGGUGGGCAUGAAUUUGCUGGACACAAAGAAGAACAUGGUGGACAUAAGGAAGAACAUGAAGGACAUAAAUAUGGUGGACAUGACUUUGGUGGACACAAAGAAGAACACGGUGGGCAUAAGGAAGAAUAUAGUGGACAUAAGGAAGAACAUGAAGGACACAAAUAUGGAGGACACGACUUUGGUGGACACAAAGAAGAACAUGGUGGACACAAAGAAAAUGAACAUCAUGGUGGACAUAAAGAACAUGAAGAACAUAAAUAUGGUGGUCAUGAAAUUGGUGGACACAAAGAAGAACAUGAAGGACACAAAUAUGGGGGACCCGAAUUUAGCGGACACAAAGAAGAACAUGAAGGACAUAAAUAUGGUGGGCAUGAAUUUGCUGGACACAAAGAAGAACAUGGUGGACAUAAGGAAGAACAUGAAGGACACAAAUAUGGGGAACCCAACUUAAGUGGAUACAAAGAAGAACAUGAAGGACAUAAAUAUGGUGGGCAUGAAUUUGGUGGACACAAAGAAGAACAUGAUGGGCAUAAGGAAAAAUAUGGCGUACACAAAGAAGAACAUAGUGGACAUAAGGAAGAAUAUGAAGGACAUAAAUAUGGUGGGCAUGAAUUUGCUGGACACAAAGAAGAACAUAGUGGACAUAAGGAAGAACAUGAAGGACACAGAUAUGGGGAACCCAACUUAAGUGGACACAAAGAAGAACAUGAAGGACAUAAAUAUGGUGGGCAUGAAUUUGAUGGACACAAAGAAGAACAUGGUGGGCAUAAGGAAAAAUAUGGCGUACACAAAGAAGAACAUAGUGGACAUAAGGAAGAACAUGGUGGACACGAUUUUGAGGGACACAAGGAAGAACAUGGCAGUCAUCACGGUGGUGGUCAUUACUAAAACUUCAAUCACAUCUUUAAUGCCAUCCGAUCCCUGUAUUCACAAUUUUCUGGGACGUACAAUUUAAAUGUCAUAUUAAAAUAUUAUUUAUUUCAUUGUUAUUUAUUGCUAAAUUGGAAAUUUUAUAUAUGUAAAUUUUGUUAUAAUACUGUACCUAAAAUUAUUAUAUAAGAUUUCGUAAUUUAAAGAUUAGAACAGUUCCAAUUAAAGAUUUUUUUAUAAAAAAUAA